AUGGCCUCUGCAGGUGACGACGGUGCAAUCAUUGUGUGGAACGUUGCUGCCGGCAAGCAGUUGUAUCAGCUUACGGGCCACACGCGGCAGGUCACCUGCCUGCUCACAUUGGACCGACACACGCUGGUCUCUGGCUCGGCGGACAAGACCAUUCGAGUCUGGAGUCUCGACACAGGCACAUGCGAUCACGUCAUCAGCAACGCUCAUUCGGCGAGCAUAAAGUGCCUGGCGAAGCUUGACUCUGAGGAGGGUCCGCCGAUGUUUUGCUCCGGGGGCAACGACAACAAGCUGUGUAUUUGGAAGAGCGGAACCCAGCAGACGCAACUUCUUGGAUGCAUAGAGCGACAAGAGGACGAAAUUGUUUAUAACACCGACACACUCAAAUUCGACAAGCUGCUGGCCUACCACCGAGAAUCGGUUCAGUGUCUUUUCAACAUCUCCGACAAGUUGUUCGUGUCGGGCUCGCUGGACGGGAGUAUCGUGCUCUGGCAGUCGGAAACGCUCACACCUCUGCGCGUCCUCGAGUUCCCCGAGAAAUAUUUUGAAGACCACUCCUACAUCUCUCCGGUCAACCAUUUUGCCCUGCUCUCUUCGCGCUACCUAUGCGCUGCUAUCGGCCGAGGGUUUCGAGUCUACGACGUAGCCAAGGGAGACUGCGUCAUUGAGUGCAACGAAGGCCACGAAGCCCCCGUGCUGCGACUCGUGCCCCUGUACAAAGGGUCGCGAUUGGUGUCGUGCUCGGCGGACUCGUCCAUCAAGAUCUGGGAGAUCCCAACCGGCGCGCGAUCCAAGAGUCAAGGCGGCAACCCCUCAAGACGGCGACAGAGGCAACCCGCUCACCCUCGGCCAGUGGUGAUAUUGUGGAAAGACGGCAAUGUACAAUCGGAGCUUCGCAACCAGGCGGCAUCUGCAUGGAUCAUGCAUCAAAGCCUGCGGGAAGAGGAGGAAUCGGCUAAGGAGGAAACCAGGCACAGCUCGUUCAAUGACCUUCGACAUCUAUUGUUGGCGCGAAGGAACUUCAUGCAGCAGACCGUCGAUCUGAGCGACCAGGCAGAGCAAGAGGAGGAAGAGGACAUGAUUGCUCAGCGGGAGAUGACAUGGCCAUAUUCGUUCUCGAACAAGCGACCCAACAUCUCUCUUGAAGUGGAGAGUCGCCCAGUUGCCCCUCCCAACAAGUGGUCCCCUGAGGCCACUUUGCGGCCACGCAAGGGACCGGGCGAUCAAAAUGUGCUCACCUUGCCGGCGGAGGUCAGGGUCAGUCGAUCGCGCAGUAGAAGCGAGCUGGUGCCUCUUAAGCCUUCGCUGGGCGGAACAGCCGAGAAGGACGGGCGUCGCAACUUGCCCAGCAUGCAAGCCGCCAUCAUGCUCCCGUGA